AUGGCUCAUGCCUGCGACACUCAGCGGCCCAACGGUCUGUCCUCCCAAGACCUCGAGACACUCAAGCCUCCUCGACUUACAUCAUCAAACAGGAGACGAAUUCAGGAACACCCCCAAGGGCCCAAAUGCUCACCAGGUGGACGCGGCAACGCGAGACAUGUCACAACCUUCGAUAGCGAAUACCACUAUAACACGCGUCGACGGCCUCUUGUGUCCACAAUCUGUGCCGGCCAGCCCGACAACCUACAGAGUACGGAUGCUGUCGUUACUAGUGAUAAUUAUCUUUCGGAGUACACUACGGAUAGAUGCCCUGUUCAAAGGAUAGGUCGGCCGGCUGAAAGCGUGCUGCUCAAGACUCAAGACUGUGGUGGUACGGUGGCACCACAUUACCGCCCAAUUUCCAACCUCUUGGCUCACCUGCCGAACCAUGUCUGGCGCUUCAACGCUUCCCCACCAACGCUUUCCAUGAUAAGUUGUGGUUCCUCGGGAACGACGCCAGGGAUCUUGGGCGCUAGCGACUCGGACCCUCCCUUGAUUUUCUUUCCUCUGUCUUCCGUCAGAGUUUGA